GGCCAGCAGCGGGCUGCUCGUCCUCGGGAGAGCUUUCCCCUGCUGCAAACUGCUGCGAAGAUAAACUGUCUUGGUUUUUACCUCCUUAGUGAGUAUCAGACAUGGAUGCUUUCCAAACAAUCCUAAAGUUCUUCAUCAACCAGAAAACUGCUAUAGGUUACAGUUUUAUGGCACUGCUGACAAUGGGAGGUGAACGUGUGUUUUCUCUUGUUGCUUUCAGAUGCCCUUGCAGCGGUGAAAACCUCAGGUACGGUUUGGUAUUUCUCUUCUCCCCAGCUCUUGUUUUGCUAGUUAUUGGAUACUUCUUGAACAACAAGACCUGGAAACUCUUUACAGGCUGCUGGGUGAAUCCCAGGAAAAUAUUCCCAAGAGGGAAUGUCUGCCAUUUCUUUUACGUCUUUGGACAAAUCACUCUAAAUGCCCUGGUUGCCCCAGUGAUGUGGCUUUCUGUGGCUUUGCUCAACGGGACUUUUUACGAAUGUGCCAUGAGUGGCUUGGACACUCCUGCCUACUUAAAGGUGGUUUGCAACAGAAAAUCUGAAAAGUGCUUUGGAGAGCUACACAUGGUAGCCUGUGGCAAAAGCUCCAUGCCCUUUUCAGAGAGUGAUGAACUAAGACGAACACUUCAAGCACAGUCCCAGAUUUUAGGCUGGUGUGUGAUAGUUACCACAGCCCUUCUCUCCCUACUAGCCACUUGCUGUGCCAGCUGCCAUUCAAAAGUCAGUCACCUCCAGCAGAUGUUCGGAAGAGUGUAUGAGGGGACGGAGAAGGAGCAACUGGAGCAUAUUUUCCAGCUGUAUGCCACCAAGCUGAGUGAGAGAAACCUCGAGUGCUUUUUUGAAAACAAGGAACCAGAACCGAUUUCCCUGCCAGCUUUUCAGGCAUGGGAGGAUGCUUCCCAGCUUUACUCUUUCAGCAGCAGCAAACAGCAUUAUAGUACAAUUCACAAGCUAGUUGAAGAAGGCCAGAAAGGAACCAGUGAGGAAAGGGAGACAAUGCUGGACUUUGUGGAAAGAAGGGAAAUACCAUAAAUCAAUUUUCAGCUUUUUUAUAUCUUGCUAAAAUAGCAUACUUCUAGCUGGUUUCAUCUCUAUUUUUUUUCCCACAACAGUCUCUUUCUUCUUCAUCAUGUUCCCUUCCAGUAAUACACUUGCUCCAAAAGAAUGGAAUGAAAUUAUUUCCCUACAUGAGUGAAAAGGCUGCGGUCCUCCAUGUCAUCCGGGGUUCAUGCUUUACUAAUGUCACUGGCUGACAGCAAGAGCUGACAGCAAAAAGAGAUGAAUAAUGACUUCUACAAGUGGGUUUUAACAAUAUCCCAUGUAAAAGGUGUUAUAGCAUUCUCUAUGUAAAUCAAGAGACUACCAUUAAGUAACAUCAUUUAAAGUGUGUGAAUAUGAUAAUAGAAGAUGUGUGUAGCUUUCUGACAGCCCAUAGAAAGUAAAGGGUUUCCUUCCAAGUCACUUCCAGGAGAAUUGCAGGUACAGCCUCAUUUUAAGGCACCAGCAAUCCCUCAAGACUUCUCUCUUUGGAUAUUUUGCCAAACAUCUUCUCCAUAUUAUCUUCUCCAACUGAGAAUUUCUGUUUGUAUGGGUAUCAAGUUCUAGUUUUGAGUGGGUUUCAGGCACUAGGUGCAGCCUGUAGUGCUAUGUAAUACUGUUUGUACUGGGCCUACAGCUAGUGUACAACGGAGGGCCUGGAAUGAAAAUUCCACUUUUCAAGACAAGAAAAUAUUUUUGCAGAAGACUGAUCUUCAUUUUUCUGAAUAUCUUAGAAAACUUAGUGUCAGGAGCAAGAAGAACUGGCAGAUGAGGCAACUGCAUAAUCAGUGCCUCUGACAAAUGCGUUUCACCCCAGAGCCCUAUGCUUUACCUCACCCACUUGGAAUUCACCAUCUGGCUCCCACACAAGAUAUCCAUCCAGAGUAUUCUCAAACACUGUAUAAAAGGAGAAAAAAGUUACUUUCCCUGGGGUGUCUGGGCAGGCUUUUACGCAGCAUUUUACUGCCAGUCUCUCCGAGUCUGCAAAGAAUCAUAUUUUUGCUGUGCUUGAGUCAAGCUCUGAACAACAAACCAGGGUACUCUGCCCAGUUGUUCUCAUACUCAUUGUGCUUCUUUCAGCAGGUAAAAGUAUCUACAGGCAUAUACAGACAAUUACUCUUUAUGAAAUAAAAUCCAAGAGCUAAUUCCACUGUCUGCUCAGAAUUUUUCUGUAUGUUUUGAAUAACCUGUGACCUUUCAGACAAUGUUUAAACUACUUUUAUCCCAAAUGAUUCACUUAGCAACAGACUUAGAACAUGUCAUACACUCAAAUGCUGCAGCUGAAAGCACAGGUGCAACACUGCCAAAAUGAAAGUCACAACAGCAGCCAUGUCUGACACUAUGCCUGGCAUAUACACUGGGUUCCUCUCCUGGUAUAGCAUCUACCUACUUUCAGGGUAUACAACCCUUCCCGUUUGUCUGGUUUUAUCUUUCUUUAUGAGAGCUGCUCCAACAUCUUCUGUUCAGCCCCGUUUCACCUCCUCCGUACAUGCAAGAGGAGAGGAGACACAUCCUGCUGCCUGGGCCAACCCUUCUUUUCCAAAACUUCCUUCCUCAGUGGUACCACAGAAAACCAAAGAAAGUAGAGACGCAAAGGGGAGGACAUCAAGUAGGUUAAUAAGUUGAUCAAGGAAUAUGGGAAACGUGGAUUGAUGUAAAGAUAAGGCCUCCACUGUGAUAUAAUAUCUGGGACACCGAGUCAAAAGCAUAGCUGGUAGAGGGAAGGGAGGAAGGACAGAGUGAUCCCACUCAAGGCUUUUGGCAUACUCUUUUCCUUUGGAAGAAAGCUCAAAGCUCUGCACUUGAGAAGUCAGGGCCAUAUGAAACAGCAGUGCUUCCCAGCCUAAUCUUCUACUAUGGAGGAACAAAACCAAGGUGCAUUCUCCUCUCCUUAUCCUUACCCUGCUUCAUAUUUGCAGGUAAUUCCUAUUGAGAGUGUCUCCACCUCCAAGACAGCUGCUGAACAAUUCAUGCUGCAGUGUGUGCCUGGUAGAAGCCCUCACUGAUCCUCAUUCCCAGGGCUGUGUGACUGUUUUAUCUUACGAAAAUGCCUAUGACCUAAUGCAAUUCCAUGUGGAUGCUGGAAUACUUCCAUAAAACCAGACAAAAAUAAAAGCAAGUUUGACCUACAUUUUCAACUGGAAUCUGGUUUUGGCAAAUUUAACCCUGUUCUUCAAGUUGCUAUCGCAAAAGCUGUUUUCUAUCAACAUUGUCCCUAAAUUCAGCAGCUACCAUGGUAGCUCAGGAUGAGACAAAGACUAUUGUCAACACUAUCCAAAACAAACUGAAGA